UAGUACGCGUACGGAAGAUCGGAUGAGGGGCCAGCGCGUCGUCAAGCAGCUAGGCGAGUUUGGCAAAGAGCAUACCCGCGGAGAGGUAAUCAGUCUGAACUCCGAGGACCGCUUGGAGUGCAUAAAAUUGAAGAAGUGGCAAUUAGGAAAGUUGAGCGUUCCGAGGGCCUCCCCUCGAGCUCGUCAAGAAGCGCAAGUAAUCGGUAAACUGUCGCAAAUUUCCCUAAGAAUCCCGCCUCCGAGUAGUCAAUCCAACAACGCUUCGGAGGAAAAACCCGCGAGUAUAAAAGGUUGGCAGCACAGGUUACUCGGUCUUCAGUAGAAUCGGUGGCAGUCGUUGGCGAGUCUCGGCUAGGUACGCAAACUGACGGUGUCCAGUGCAACUCGAGCAACGAUGCCGGAUCCAUACCAGGUGCAGCUCGAGGAGCAGAUAUAUCCGCAGUUGGAAGAGAAGUCUAGAAACAUAACGAAUUCAGUCGAAGAGUUGCGCCAUAAUGUGAGACGAUUAAAAAUGCUGACGAAGUUGUCCACUAUGUGUCUAAGAUCCAAGAUAAACAUGUGCGAUCAGCUGUUGAUGAACGCGAAAGAGCACGAGCUCAUGUGCAUCAGUGUCGAGAAUUGGUACAAGCAGGAGCAAAAGAAGAUAGAGCAGGCAUGGAAGGAGGAAUAUGAGAAGGAGGAGGAGAAAUAUGAAAAGGAGGAGGAGGAAUAUGAGAAGAGCGAGGAGGAAGAUGAGGAGAGCGAAGAGGAAGAUGAGGAGAGCGAAGAGGAAGAUGACGAGAGCGAAGAAGAUGACGAGAACGAAGAAGAUGACGAGAGCGAAGAGGAAAAUGACGAGAGCGAAGAGGAAAAUGACGAGAGCAAAGAGGAAGAUGACGAGAGCAAAGAGGAAUAUGAGGAGAGCGAAGAGGAAGAUGAGGAGAGCGAAGAGAAAUAUGAGAAGAAGGACCAGCAGCAGCAGCAGCAGCAGCAAGAGGCGAAACAGCAGUCGCAGAAGCAACAGUCGCAGCCGCCGCAGUGGCCUCACCAGCUGGACAUAAAUUAUGCACAGAAUCUCAUGCAGCGCGUCACCAAGGAAAUCACGCUCUACCGCGAGGCCAUGGUUGACUGGAACCCGCCCAUCUUCCACAACUUGCCCAACGCGAGCGAGAGGUCGAACAACUGUCCGCUUGUAGACUGGGCUCUCAAAUACUCGAUGUCGCGCCUAACGAUGAUGUUGGAAAUGUCUGAGUCGGAAAAGACGCCGUCGUUCUAUGAUGAGUUGAAGCUCCACCAGAUGCGAGUCCAAAACUUAGAUAUCGACGGCAUACGCAGUCAAUGCUUGAUGAAUCGGGUCAUCAAGGAAUUGAAUCAUCUGGAGAUGUAAUUCGCGAGUAUACUCUUCGCCAAUAUAAAUCAUAUAACGAGUAUGAUUUUAUUGCGAAUUCACCUUCGUGCGGAAACCGAUAAAUGCGAUCAUUUCAGAAUUUCUGAUUGAUUUGAGUAAUAUUUGAUGAUAAUAUUUUACAUUAAAAAUUAAUCACUGUGUUUGUCAAUUGUAUUAUGAAUAAAUGUAUAAUUGACAAGUGUUUAUAUAAUUAGAAAUGAAUACUGUAGAAUUCAUGAGUAAUCCAGUAUUCUUUUAACGUUCUUAUGUUCUUAUGUUCAGUUAAUAACAAUCAAUCAAUGAGCAAAUUAAAUUAAGAGAUUAAAAUAAAAAUACUAAUUAAAUGAAGUGAAAGAGUUAUUUAUAAA